GCUGAGACGGUUGUUUCCUUCUGUUGAGAUGAGCUGAAACCCUUCCGGAUCUGUUAUCCGCGGGUGAAGGCUGCUGAUUAAACACGGGGCCCAGUUUUCCUCCUGGACACGUGGUGGUAGCAGCUGUCAGACACGAACAUGUUUUCUGGUAGAACGUGUUAAAAUGAACUGAGUUUGGAGGGGAAACUGAGGAGCUAUUGGGCGGGGAAACGCAUCUCCACACAACACCAGUGAGUUAUCACAUGCCUCCUCCUCUGAUCUCCAUAAAUGAGGCCUUUAGGCACUUUGACCUGAAGUCUGAUUUAAACGGGCUCACGCUUCAUGUUGGAGUUAAACACGCUUAUCACUAGUUUCUCUCUAUAAGAUGUAAACAGUUUCAUGAAUCAAGGUUUACAGGUAAUUAAACAAUUAUCAUAAACCAUUCAUUUUCCUUUAAAAAUCAAAACAUUUUUUUGUUGACGCUUAAGUCAACUUUUUCAUUUGUUGUUUACCACAAACUAUAAAGAGACAAUAAAUAAAUGAAGCUUCUCUCAUUUAUGUAUUUAAAACCAGAGUGUGGAUAUAAUAUGCUGUGAAGGCGGACCCAGCUAAGCUCAUAUUAAACAUGCGAUAAGUGAAAACACCCAGGCUGAAACCACACCUGGCCUGGUCUACAGGGACGGUGGCCCUCAGGCUGGAAACACAUUUAGAUGCUGCAGAGGAACCAACAGAUGUUCAGUGAUGAGGCAGACUUAAACCUUCCCAGUGAGCCAUGUGACCCUCUUCUUCUGGACGACCAUUGUGUGAAACAGCAGCAGGAGGGAGGAGGGGUUUCUGCCACUAAGUCCUCUCACAUGCUACUUGUUAAACAAGUACAGGCGAAAACUUGAGCCGCCGCAGUCAUCAGUCAGCAUAGAUGUGCUUGUCCCAUCUUCUGCGGCGCUGUUGAAUCUGCCACACAGGUGUUGCAGAGCUGGACCGGAGAUUUGGGGUUAAACCUGGAGCGAAGCGCUGGAUCCUGCCCCUCCUCAUCCCAACUCUUAACCGUUGGAGAUGAGGCCCCCAAGCUCUUCAACAUGUCUGUUCUGGGAGACAGCGGUGAUUACCAGUGGAAGGAGUUCCAGGGAGGCCAGUACACAUAGGAAGCGGCUGAGGUUUGAUGGUUUCAGAGAGGGAUUCUUCUGCUGACAGCUCUGAUCACCUGUGGACUUCACCAGAAUAGCGGUCAGAAAACACACAUAUUGCUGGAAGCUUCUGGGAUUACCUUAAAGGUUCAGUUCAGUAUUUUUAUUGAUAACAAGCACUUAACGCAGACAGAAGGCUGAGCGUUAGCAUACGCAGCUACAGCAUCUGUCCACAGGUCUGACGGUUAGAUGUUCACCUGCAUAAACGUCUCUGUAUAGAACAGGGUCAGAGGUCAGUUCCUUCAGUCUCAAGACAAACCGAGUAAUCUGAUCUUCCUCUGGUAACACUCAUACAGCUGCCCUCCAGCGCCAUUUUCUAACAGCCACAGAGUUUCUGGUUCAAAUCUCCACCUUCCUGUGCAUGGUCUUAUGCUGUUGCUGGGGCUCUCUGGCUGAUCCCAGCUGGCAGCACGGUGGUGGAGGGCUGAUGGUUUGGGCUGGUAUUGCAGCCACUACUCACUGGGUCCACUACGACCUCCUCUGGAUACCAAAGUCUUCUGACGGGAGUCUGGCUGACGUCUGCUGCUGGGACCAAACAAGGUCAUGAAACCGAACCGUGGGCACAAACACAGCAGCAGAGUCUAACGAGGUGGGACCUUCAGAGAAUAUCGGUGACCUGAAGCAGCACUAGAGACGAGGGGAUCAGAAGUCGUCCAGAACCCUAAACCCCCUGCCUCCUCAUCAGCCAAGUUGGCCUCCCUGUUUGGACUAGACCAAGACACUAGUCAGGGCAACGAGUCGUUCCAGUACACAGCCCCCAAACAGCCCAAAAAGAGCUCCGGUCCAGCAGCCAGUCAGAAAGCAGCGCCCCCUGCUGGAGCUCCUGCAGUUCUGUUUGCUUCAGCGGUCCAAGCCUUCAGAUAUGUUAGUGGACAGUACGUGAAGCAGGGGAAGCUGGGAGCAGCCGUGCUGGGCAGCCACGCAACAAAAGAGUACAAAGUGCUUUUGUACUUGAGUCAGCAGAAACAAGUGACGACUGCAAAGAUUCACGGGGGCUUUAUUUUCACGGUGCAGCCAAACAAUUACUGCACCUUUUACGACGACCAGAGGCAGAACUGGUCCCUGAUGUUUGAAUCGGAGAAAAGUGCAGCAGAUUUCUGCAGAGAGGUUUGUUUGGCUAAAGCGAACAGCACAUCCUCUCUAGACUCGGUGCUGAUUCAGGACUUGAGACUCGGUGAAGGCCAAGCCGUGGAGAACGGUGACCUGUUGGAGGUGGUUUAUACGGGCUGGCUCCUAGAGAACCACACCAUGGGACAGGUCUUUGAUUCCAAUCAGAGCAAAGAGAAAUUUCUACGACUUAAAAUUGGAGCUGGGAAAGUUAUAAAGGGAUGGGAGGAAGGGAUGCUGGGAAUGAAGAAGACGGGUCAUCGUCUCAUUAUUGUUCCACCCAGUCUAGCCUAUGGGUCUACAGGUGUUUCGAACCGAAUCCCCACCGACAGCACUCUAAUCUUUGAAGUGGAGCUUCGAAGGGUGAAGUUUUCCAAAGACAGUGGUUCAGAUCAGACCAGUACUAGUUCCAGAGACUCUGCUGUUCCAUCUCCUGCUCCCAGUAUGGAAAACCUGGUGUCCGAUUCACCUGUACCAGCUACUGCAUCAGGUCCAGGCAGACCAGGGGAGCCACCGCUUCGUGCCAAGUCGAAUUCUCUGAGUGAACAGUUGGCGAAUCCAGAUGCCACCAAAGCCAAGCUAAUCUCUCGCAUGGCAAAGAUGGGCCAGCCUAUGCUGCCCUUUCUGGCCGGAGCAGCCAGUCAGCCUGAAUCCAGUGACUCUGAGCUCGAGCAGGACACGAGUGGCAGUCGGAGUAAAGAUGGUCCUACAGCAUCUUCUCCAGUGCAGAUCACAGCUCCAGCCCCUGCAGCACAUCAUCUUCAUCACCACCACACAGCUCCAACACCUGCCUUACUUCCUGUUAUCAGCUCUGUUGGUCCUCAGCCUGGGCUGCCAGGCAGCAGCCACACCUUUCAAAGCCCUUCAGCGUUGUCUCUGAUGCAGCCUGUCGGACAGGUCUACCCUGCACAAGCAGCCCCAUACAUAGGUUCUGGGGAUGUGACUUCCUUCCUGAUGACGGAGGCUCGGCAGCACAACACUGAGAUCCGGUUAGCUGUGGGAAAAGUAGCAGACAAAGUGGACCAGCUGAACUCCAAGAUGGAUGAUCUUCAAAGACAAGGGAGUCAUUCCAUGAGUGUGUCCAGUAUGACCAUGGAAACAUCCAUGAUCGUGCACAACAUUCAAAGGAUUGUUCAGGAGAACGACUGUCUUAAAAAAGAAAUGUUUGAAAAAAGCUCUCGUAUCGAGGAGCAGAACCGUAAGAUCGGUGAUCUCAUCAACCAAAACCAGAGGUACAUGGAGCAGAGUCACCUGCUGCUGGAACAAAGGAACGACUCCAUCAAGUCGUCCAGUGAGCAGAACCAGGCCAGAUUACUGCAGGCUGAGCAGGACAAGCGCUCUCUGCCUCUGGACCUUGGCUCUGGCCAGGUUCGUCUGACAGAGGAGCUGGCUUCCUCAACAGCUCGAGUAUCUCAGCUGCAGCUGGAAGCGUCAGCUCAGCAGCAAAAGGCUGCGGAGCUGCAGAGUAAACUCAGCUCAGUGCUGCAGGACAGCGAGAGCCACAGACGGCACAUCGCCUCCUUGGAAACACAGCUGGAAGAGCUGAAGGAGGCAGCCGAGCGGGCUCAGACUCAGUACCGCUCUGAGAAACAGAAACACAAAGAGGUGGAGCAGAAAGUCAGUACCCUGGAGGAGGAGCUGCAGGACCUGAGAACCGACAAACAGAACCUAGAACGUGCACUUUCAGAACGGAAGAAGAAAUGGCAGGCAGCGCGCCAGCAACGAGAUGAGGAGGUGGAGGAGCUCCGAAGGAGCAGUCAGAUGGAGCUGGACAACCUCCGGGCCCAGCUUCGGAAGGCCAGGAGUAGCAGUGACACUGCUGCAUCUGAGCAGUUGUCUCAGCUACAGGUGGAGCUGGAGGAAGAGUGGAGGAGGAAGUCUGAGCAGAUGUUGUCCACUGCUAAAGAGCAACACAGCAGAGAGCUGGCUGAGGUGGUGGAGCAGAGAGAUGUCCUCCAGGACAGUUUCACUCAGCUGCAGGAGAAGUUUAAUGUUCUAAAGCAGUCCAGAGAAUCAGAUGAGCGAAGCCUGUUGCAGCACCGCAGGCAGAGCCAAGAGCUGCGGGAGCUUCAGGAAAAGUACUCAGGCUUGGAGCGUCAUGGUACUGCUGUGAGAGAGAAGUUGGAAGGACGAGUGACUGAGCUACAGAAGAAAGUGGAGGAGCUCAAGAACUCUGGAGACACAGCAUCAGAAGUGAAGCGUGUAAUGAAUGGAGUGUUUCACUCUCUGAGAGUGGAGUUUGACCUCCAUGAGUCCUACAGUGGUCAGGCUGUGCUGGAGGUCAUCGUCACUACUAUUAAAAAUGUAACUCUGCAGUUGCUCACUGGCACCGGUCAUUCCUCAACAAGACCAGUAACCAAGGAGGAGAAAGAGGUAGAAGAAAAGGAAGAAAUGGAGAAAUCUGAUCACACACACAUCAAUGGAGAGAGAGACAUUGAAGAGGAGGAGCAUGUGGCCAACUCUGAUCACCAUCCAGUCAACGAGGUCCAGAUGGUCGAAGAAUUAAAGGCAGAAGAGGAGACUGAGUCAGAGCCACCGAUUGAGGUCAGAACUACAGAGGCUGAGGAUGUCCACCCAGAUUCCAGUUCUGAUCUCCCGUCCCAGGAGACAGCAGGUGUGCAGAGCAUGGAGGAGCAGGACCAACCUGUUGUUUCUGAGACCCCCGUAGAAGAGGAUUUAAUGGAGUCUGCGGAUACUGAAGAUAGACCUGAGGAGGGUUUGCAGAUCCGGGACAGUCAGCAGGAACCUGCUGCAGUGAGCAGCGAGGUAGACGUCAGGAGUUUGGAAGACUCGGAGAACGUUGGAGAAACAACUGCUGCUUUCCAGAAGGCCUUUGGACCUCCCGUCAACCCACCUCCUCCACCAACGGCUUCUCAGAACGGCUCUGAACAGAACCCAGGUUCUCCUGGUUUGACUGGGAGAACUGAUGAGGACAAUGGAGAAGAGCCAUUUUUCCAGAUCCCAGCUCCUGCUAACCCCGUCGCUGCUCCCAAUGAGGAGGAAGAGGAGGAUGACCUGAGCUUGAAGGGACGUCCCCCUCCUGCGCCUCUGUUUGGUGAUGAUGAUGAUGAUGACAAUGAUUUGAACUGGCUGAGCUAACAUCCCAGUGCAGAUGGUUUCACCAGCUGUUUCUGCAUGGUGGAGUCCAGAGGAGGACAUGUCCCUGUGGGUGGACAGGACAGAUUUCUCACAGCUUCAGUAACUCUGGGCUCCUGCAGGAGGGCUGGGUUGGUGCGGUCGGGCCUGAUGUUCUGGUUUUAAAAAUGGUUUUUAGAUGAAGAAAUUUUACAUUUUUGUCACCUAAAAGAAUCUGAAAGUAAAAAUUAUGAGGACAUGAAGCUUUGUGUUGAACUUGUGUUAUUGUCACGUUUUCCUUUAGCGGUUUCAUAAUGGACUUUUCAGGACUGGAACCUACUCUAGCUGUCUUAACUGUAACUAAUAAAUGAUUUUUAAAACACAAAA